AUGUCACCUCAACUUGUGACAGAUGUUCAUGAUGGAUUGCAAAGAAAUUUUUCCAAUAAUUGUUAUUUAGUAAAUGGAAGCUACGAAUAUUACCACUAUUUCUGUGAUGGUUUUGAUGAUAGGGGCUGGGGAUGUGGUUAUCGAACCCUACAAACAAUAUGCUCCUGGUUAAAUAUUAAUUACAAUAGCACUCAAAGUGUUCCUACUAUCAGAGAUGUUCAGAAAAUUUUGGUUGAUCUAGAAGAUAAGCCUUCAUCUUUUUUAGGUUCACGGCGGUGGAUUGGAAGCUUUGAGGUUUGCCUUGUGAUAGAUAAAUUGUAUGACAUACCAAGUAAAAUUGUUUAUGUUAAUAAAGGAGAUCAGUUAGAAAAUAUUGUUACACAAUUGAAAAAUCACUUUGAAAAGUUUGGUAGUCCAGUAAUGAUGGGUGGUGAUGUUGACUGUUCGUCUAAAGGGAUUAUGGGCAUACAUGUAGACAGUGACCGAUCUAGCUUAUUGGUUGUGGAUCCACAUUACGUUGGUAAGGAGCCAUCGAGGGAAUUCUUGCAAAAUAAAGGCUGGGUAAAAUGGCAACCUCUUCAAGAUUUUUUAAGCACAUCAUUUUAUAAUUUGUGCCUACCACAAGUUAAACCAAACUGUCAGAUG